AUGGCCGAUCAGGAUACACUUCGCCAAUUCCAAGAGAUCAAAUCAGUCGUCGCUCAUUAUGAUGCGACUUUCGCAAACAUCACACCGCCGCAGGUAGUAUAUAAGGAGGAAGAGGCAAGGCUGCGCCGUCAAAUCCACGAUGAAGCAGUCCGUUUGCGGACAGCGCAGUCAGAUGACGAGACUGCUAUGCGCGAAGAUACCAUUAUCGAACUGGGUGGUCAGAUGGCAGACCUGAAACGCCAUUACACCGCCAACAGAGAAAAGUAUGCCAGAGAACAUGAGGUCCGACUCAAACAGACACUGGAUAUGCUUCGUGGCCGAUUGGGACAGCUUUUGGGACUCAGCAGCACAACUCAAAUUCAAACAACCAACGGCCAAGAAGCUCGCGACCAAGGACCACCGGACCAGGACCAGAAUCAGAUCCCUCCAGCCCAGGAGAAUGAAGCAGUUGGAGGUGAAUCCGCCCAAGGCUCAUCUCAAGCAUCGCAAAAUGCCCAGACUGGAACGACAGCGAAUAAAUCUGCCAGAAGAAACGCUCCCAACAAUGAAAAUACCGAGGCGACAUCAGAGCCAGAAGGUGUCAUCAACGAAGGCCCAACAUUUAACGACCAAGACGAUGAUCACGUACAUAAUCACGACAAGAAUGAUGCAAGUAAUCAUGAGAAGAAUGACAAUGUAGUCAACGGCGAUGAGAGCGCAGAUAUCGAAAUGGGCGAUGCAGAGCCUAUAGAAACUGAGCCGAUCAGACACAGGGAACAGCUUGCUGUUAGGAUGUCAAUCGACAUUACUCCUGUCAGUCGAAAUUUGCGGACUGUUCCCUUAUCACCAGCCUCGACUUGCGAUGAUAGCACCACAGUACGUCGAGACAGUCAACAUCUGCGUCAAUCACAAGGACCUACAAAUGUGUCUCCAAGGAAUAUCCCUCCUCCUACACCCAGAGAAACCAGGUCUAAGAAACGAAAAGCGUUAAAUUCAGCAUCCACGACGCAAAAACGCCACAGGACUGGCCCAACGGGUUCGACAGAGUCGCCACUAGAGUCUGCAGCAGAACAGUCACGCCAAUCCACCACGAGAACAUCUCGCAGAACCACAAGGGAACAUUCAAACAAAUCAUCACAACAUGCAUCAGAGCCUCCAGCAAAAGUGCUACCACGACGCAGUAAUAGGCACCCCGAAGAGUCGGCAGGUUCUGGUAAAUUCGAGGGCAUCGUAGAUCCCAAGCCUGGAAACGUUUAUGCCACGUACUGGAAGAAAACAAAAGAAUGGCUUGCUGUUGUCCUACUUCCAAUGGGCGACUUUUCGACCGUCGGCAUUCCAGGGUCCAUUAUAUCGUGCGAUCUGGUAGAUUCUCUACCCCCUUGCUACCGCAAGACAUCAAAGAAGGGACCAUAUGUAUGGGCCAAAGGUUAUAGGAACGGAGAGGAGCAUGAGAAGGAGCGUAUGUUUCCUGUCAUGUUCUUUGACGGUCGCCCUUUUCCUGCCAAGAGUGCCAUCAUGUGGAUUGAAGCCAGGGAGUUGCGUGCCUUUGACCUCAAGCGCGAGCCUAAGCUUGUUCCUCACACCAAAGCAAUUCGAGGAUACCUCAAAUCAAGGGAUUGGUCCGAGGACGAGGAAGACACAGACGAAGAAUCCGAGGAAGAUCCCCAAGGAGACGUUGAAGGAGACGCAGAAAACGACGCAGAAGGAGACGCAGAAGGAGACACAGGAAACGAUGCGGAAGAAGACGCAGAAGGAAAUGCAGAAGGAGACACUGGCGAAGAUAUGGAACAAGACGUAAACCAAGACGUAGAAAACGAUGCAGAAGAAGAACAAACCCGAGUCGACUCACAACUACAGGCAGAGCCAGGAUCUGAACCUCCUCAACAGACGGAUGCCGAGGAGGCUCAUGAGACACAGCCCCCAGAGGAAGAAACAGAAACCCUCGAGCAGGCAACAGAGGGAGAGGAACAUCCAAAUAUGGCACCACAGAGUCCUCAAGCACAAACAGAUCAAAGCAAUAUAGACCAAGAUCUAUCCUCUCGUGGAUCGGAUGGUCCCCCGUUACCAAAUCGCCAGGAAACAUUGAGCACGGUAGCUCAAAUACGUGAGCCUCGACCCGAGUCUCAAUUAGAGGAACCUGCUUCACAAGGCAAUGGUAAUCUAUAUCAGCCCACAAUCCAACAAGAACCACAACCUCAAGACCAAGACCAAACACAGUCGACAUCUUUAGCCUCAGACCCAUCGCAACAUCAGACGAGUCAUCCACCCCGAGGGGGCGCUUCAUCGUUGUACUGGGGAACGGUAACAGCCGUCGAACCACCAAACGUCGACGCCAGUAGGUCUGGCCCUGCUACGACGGAGCAUAACCGUGCUACGAUAUAUGAAGUUGAGCCGAGGGGCACAGAAAGGGGUUCUGAUCCAAACUAUAUCGAAAGGCGAAAUGAUUUUGUGGAAAGAAACUACGGAUCGCAUUUGCCUGUCUUCCAAGCUCCUUCAGUGCAAAACUCGCAAUCAGCCGUGUCUGGCCCGCAUGUGGCUGCCAACACACAAGGACAGGGACAGUUGAUAGCACCCCCUCAUCAGUCAUAUUCUGGGCAAGACAGCCGUCAAGCCGCUUUCACUUCACAAUCGAAAUCAAGUCAGCCCAAUUCCGGCCAACACUGGAAUCAACGCCAACAUGCACCCCUCCCCCCUGCGCAAACAGACUCUUCCAACUAUCCCUCGCAAGGUGCUCAUCGGAUCGACAAUGGACAGUUGCAAAACGUUCAAACUCAGCAAACGAGACCUCCUCAAGCGAAUGGUAAUGGGCUUCAGAAUGACAGCAAUACACGGUCGUCUCACAACCCAUUUCAUUACCAACCCAUGCCACUUCACGCCAACCCACAGCCUUACAACUGCCCGCGAUCGACGGACACGCAUGAUACUAACACAAGACAACUUUCUUUAACGUUGAACUCUGGCAACUGGGUCGCAACGGAAGUGACACCCCCUCAGCAGCCACCACAAAGGCAUGCGCCUCUGUCAACUCAGAACCACGCAACCCAUGCUGUGCCUGUGUCACAGCAAUUUGGCCAUCCUCGACUCGAGGAAGCACGACCUCGACCAGACGCCUCAACAGCACAUCAGCCGCCUUACCCAUUACAGCCCCAAGAACCGAGACUGGUCUCCGCUAAUCCAUAUGCUUGGCCGCAAGCGGUGCGUCAACAUCAAACCAUUGAUCAACCGACAACACGUACAAGUGAUGAAGUCUCCCAAGUACAGAGACCAUCUUAUCCACACGUCCAACCAGCGCCGCUCAACACUAUGCCGACUUACAACUCACACGAAAUGCCCCCUUCAACUGACGACUACUCUGGGGAGACUGACGACUCGGUUGAUGUACCUGCUCCGGUCAAGAGAGAAGUCAAUACACAUGAUGUGCUACGAGAAUCGAAUGCGCUUGAUGAAGAAAUAUAUGCGCAAAGGGGUCAUCUUGCCCCUGGCCACCCAUGCUUUCAUGUUUCCGCCAACAUCACUGGAGAGACAUCUCCCUACAGCCAAACGAAUAGUGACAAUUAUUUCCCCAAUGGCCUCAGAAGAUACCUACAAAACCUGAUGUCAACGAACGGACUGUCACCAGGCCAGUCAGGCUUUGGCUUUGAGACAUCCGAUGGCAAGGGUUACUGGUGUCCAUUUUGUGAUGGCCACCAAAGAGAUGGAGGCUUUCGGUCCUACCUAUAUAGGUCGGAGCCUUACACGAGUUUAAUGCAUUUCAAGCAACAUUUAAUAAAGCAUUGGAUGAGAGAUGCCGGACCUUCAAGGGGAAUAUAG